UAUCUCGUCGACGUCAUCGUCGGCCGACAUAUUCGUUCGAGUUUCCGAAACAUCCGACAUUUUGACAUUUAUCCUCCAGUUUGUCGUGUAUUUUUAAUAUCAAAAGAAUUGUAUCAUUUGAUUUAUAAUCAACAUGGAUGAAGAAUACGAUGCGAUCGUUCUGGGCACCGGCUUAAAAGAGUGCAUCCUUAGUGGUAUGCUAUCCGUGUCCGGCAAAAAAGUUCUACACAUUGAUCGGAAUAAGUAUUACGGCGGUGAAUCUGCGUCAAUUACCCCGUUAGAGGAGUUGUUCGCAAAGUUCAAUGCACCAGCCCCGGAUGAAACGUACGGCCGAGGUCGCGACUGGAACGUGGAUUUGAUACCAAAGUUUUUGAUGGCGAACGGUCUUCUAGUCAAGCUGCUCAUCCAUACGGGCGUCACCCGGUAUCUGGAGUUCAAGUCCGUCGAAGGCAGCUAUGUGUACAAAGGCGGGAAGAUCUCAAAAGUCCCGGUGGAUCAAAAAGAGGCGCUGGCGUCCGAUCUGAUGGGUAUGUUCGAAAAGAGGCGGUUCCGGAACUUCUUGAUCUACGUACAAGACUUCCAGGAGGAAGAUACGAAGACUUGGAAGGAUUUCGACCCCAGCACUGCAAAUAUGCAGUCUUUGUAUGACAAAUUUGGACUGGAUAAAAACACCCAGGACUUUACAGGGCACGCUCUGGCUCUGUACUUGGACGACAGCUACCUGCAGCAACCGGCCAUCCAAACCAUCACUCGUAUCAAGCUGUACUCAGAUUCCCUUGCUCGGUAUGGCAAGUCACCAUAUUUAUACCCUAUGUAUGGUUUGGGAGAGCUACCACAAGGUUUCGCAAGGCUUUCUGCUAUCUAUGGCGGCACUUACAUGUUAGACAAGCCUAUAGAUGAAAUCGUUCUCGGCGAGGGAGGCAGGGUCGUAGGAGUGCGCUCUGGAAAUGAGGUGGCCAAGUGCAAACAGGUAUACUGUGACCCCAGCUAUGUCCCUGAGAGAGUUGUUAAGCGUCGCCAAGUCAUCCGAUGCAUUUGUUUGUUAGACCACCCAAUCAAUAACACAAAAGAUGCUCUGUCGACUCAGAUUAUCAUACCUCAGAAGCAAGUCGGAAGGAACUCUGACAUUUAUGUAUCGCUGGUGUCCUACACCCAUCAGGUAGCUGCCAAGGGCUGGUUCAUUGCUAUGGUGUCCACUACUGUGGAAACUAAUGAUCCAGAGUCUGAAAUUAAACCUGGCUUGGAUCUCUUGGGGUCGAUUCGGCAGAAGUUUGUAUCUGUAACAGAUUACUAUGAGCCCACUGAUGAUGGCAGCCAAAGCCAAGUGUUCAUCUCUGAGUCAUACGAUGCAACCUCACACUUUGAGACAACUUGCCUGGAUGUCCUCAAGAUCUACAAGAGAGGCACAGGUGAAGAUUUUGACUUCUCUAAAGUGAAAUUGGAAUUGGGCGAGGAAGAGCAGUAAUUAUUAUCCUAUUAUUGUAUAUUGCUUGUUAAUUUUAAUAUUUGUUUAUAAAUACUGGCUAAAGGAAUAUGUUGAAUAGGGAUCGGGAUAAAUUUAUGAGAGCUUUGUUGCAUUACUGUAUGAGCUGUAUUCACUCCCAAAAAAUUUUAUUUUACUAAAAAUAUUCAAAAGAAAUUAUAAUUAUUUAUAGGAAUUAUUUGUCAUAAUAAGAAUGCUUUUUAUAUAAUUUAAGAUAUAAGGAUGGCAUAUAAUGGAUGGCACAAGUCAAGUGGUAUAUGUAUGUAUAGCUGUGCAGUUAAACUUGCAUUCCAUUGAGGUAAUGUUUCAUGUUGGAUCAGUAUCAAAUUAGUAACAUGUCAAUAUAAUAUUAUGAAUGCUCAUUAUACACCUUGAUGUUCUGUGUAAGAUCAUAAAUAAAGUUACAUUACAAUA